UAGCCGCUUUGUAUUUGUAGCUUUGUUGCUAGCCUCAACUGACCCCAACACACACACAUACACGCACCAAAUGUCAACUUCCCACGACCCAAACCUGUGGAUUUAGCAGUACUACAUAUACAAAUGUUUUCAGGCUGUGCACUCUGCUUUAUGUCUUUGCAGUUUUGUGUAAGCACUACAAGAUACGUAUGUUUUAAAGGCCACAUAUUAUGCAAAAGUGACAAGCCCUAACAGUAACAGUAAAGCCUGUUUGUGAGCACCAAACGUAAAAAGGCUCUAUCAUCGCCCCCACUUGUUUGCUUCAUUCUUGGCAGAAGAGGCGCUCAAACGCAUGCUUUUGAAGUUUUGCUGCUGUUCAUGACGUCAUGAAGGAAAGACCUCCUUCCUGGGAGACACAAUACAGCCUCUGACCCGCCUCUAGCACCUCGUGUACACGCCCACCACUUUCCAAAGGACAUUAGUGUAAAAAAAGAGGCGGGAAAAGGCUUCACUGCAUAUCUUAAAAUGCAGUCGGCUACAGACGUGGGAGCUGUAAAGCAGACCAAUCCAGCAUCACCACAAACAACUUAAUUCCAACGCACUAUUGUGGCACCUCUGACACUUAAAAAAAAACGUUUCAACGUUUUGCAAUUUUUCAGUGUUGCUAACAUUGAAUAAUUAUUGAAUUGUUACAUUUGUUAUACAUUAUGUAAAAGUGUGAAAAGAUUGUGCUGUCUGAAGCACCCGUGGUGAUGUACACUGUUUACAUUACACUCAAUUCAUGUAUAACUUUCAGUGGUGAAUCUCUUUGUAACGACAUUCUCUCCCCAGUGAACGUGCGUGUGCGUGUGUGUGUGUGUGUGUGUGUGUGUGUUGGAAUUUCCCGUACAGCCUGUCGUGAUCGAGCUUGCUCGGUAAAUUACGGCGCCCGAAAGCUUUGUCACAGGAAAAGCCCUAGUAUGGGCACGGAUGUGGGCGUGGUUGAGGCGGCAAGAUUGCGAAAGGGGGACAAGGGGAGGGGCUUGGGAGCAGCGCGACCGUCUAGCGUGCAAAGCCGUGUCGUCAAUUUAAUGGCAGCGUUUUUUUUUAUUCUCUGUGCAAUCACAACGCAAUCAUGUGCAAUAGACGGCGGCGCUGUUAGCACAUCCGGUUAGCGUGGCUCUUGUUUACGCGCCCUUCCACACCUCCUGUGGGGAGGGGGAGGUGAGGGUAGGCGAGUGAGGUCAGCAGCCUAGCAUGAGUCAACCUCAGGGAGGCAUGCAAGCAGUCAUCGCCGCAGGUCCGGAUCGUUCGGUGAGGAGGUUCUUGUUCGCCAUCAUCCAGCAGCUUUCAUAACGCGCCUCGGUGUCCCCCCCCCCCCAUAUGAGAAUUAAAAACCUUCUGAGUCCUUCAGGUCUUCUGCCACAAGACCUGCAAAGAGAAGAUAUUUUGGUGUCUUUUUGAAGAGGUAUAUUUGAGUCAUGGACUCGUGACUUCUGCGUAGCAACAGUUUGAUCGAGAGAGUUUUUCCUUGACUUGGUGUAUUGAUGCUCGUCAUGAGUGUACCAGCCCAGCAGAAACCUGGCGCAAAAAGAACGGGCAAACGCAUCACAUUUUUCUCUGAUCCAUCCGCCGCCAUGAAGGAGCCCUCCCAGCACCCCGAAGGGCCCUACUACGUCCAGGCCGGUGCCACUACAGAAGCUGGGAAAAUUGAGCUUGGGAGCAGCGCUGCAUCCAAUCCGGAGGGCCCGCACGUGUACCUCAACUCUGUCAUCUUCAGCCCGGACAAGGGCGACCAGAACCGGGGUCAUUAUCAGCAGACCGUGCCUAUGAAGUGGGCCCACCAGGAGUCCGGCCAGCAGCAGCCGUCGCUGUCCCAGCAGCAGAGGGCUGCCACCUGGACCACUAUGGCGAACUGGGGACAGACGUUUUCCAAUUACCUGGGAGGUGUUAACGUGGCAGACACCAGGAACCAGGCUGCGUUUGUAAAGACGAUGCAAGAAACUCUACAACAGCCUUCUAGCAAAGCUGGAGACAAGCAGCCAGAGGCCUUCAGGGAUGCUGUUAAGGCUCGGGGCUUAGAGUGGGAGCAGCAGCAGCAGAAUCAGGCCUUCCAGGAGACUCUUAAACCUGGGGCGCUGAAUCCCCAGCCAAACAGCACAUCCCACCCAGGGGGAAGCUCGGUCUUGCAGCCUUUUCAGUUGGCCUUUGGUCAGCCCAGGCAGCAUCUGCCCCCGUACUAUCAGACCUUCCAAGGCAACACGAGGUUACCUAACCCACCAAACUACUCCAUGCAGGCCAAACCCACCCAGCAGCAGGUGCCGCAGCUACAGCGGCAGCACCUCAUCCAGCAACAACUUCAGCAGCAGCACCUUCAAAUGCAGCAGCAGCAGCAGAUCAUUCAGCAGCAGCUGCAGCACGAGCAGCAGCAACAAAAGAUGAAGCAGCAGCAACAACAACAACAACAGCAGCAGCUCCAGAUCCAGCAGCAAAUGCAACAUCAGCAGUUGCAACAACAAAGCCCGCAUGUGCUGGACUACUACCCCCCUGCUCCCAACACGCACCCUCACCCACAACCCGUGGUCGUACACUCCCAGGAGUCCUCUGCCGCCGGUCCCCCCAAAAUCCAGGAGCCAAUCAUCCAGGACAUCACCCCAGAACCCCAGCAGUCAUUAGAUCCGCUGCAGCCUCCUAGUCUGCCGGAUCCCCUGUCCCAGACGCAGCUCCAGUCCCAGCAGCUCCGCAGGUCGCGGCGCCUCUCCAAGGAAGGGGGGGCACCGUCUGACAACAACAACCCCUUUCUUGCUGCGUCGGAUCAGGCCGACCUGGAGAUGCAGGGCCCCCAGAACGGGACUCGUGACGUCGUGGCAGCACCGACGGGCGUCAUCCAGAGCACACGCAGGAAGCGCAGGGUGUCCCAAGAGGUCAACCUGGAGACUUUAGCCCAAAAGGCGUCGGAGAUGGAGACGCUGCCAUCGCACGGAGUUAAGGAGGCCCACAGACCGUGGAGCCCCACCCACCAGGGCCUGAACGCCAAGCGGCCCCGAGACGACAGCCUGCUCCCUCUCGUCAUCCCCGUGUCUGUGCCCGUGCGUCGGCUAGACCCGUCGUGCACCGACCGGGAGGGAGCGGCACUGGUGACCAACUGGCCUGCGAGGCCCUCCAACCCGCCGGAGUUCGCCGAACGCAAGCCCUCGGUCAUCGUCACCCGGCGGCGCUCGCUCAGGAGCUCCCUGUCGGAGAGCUCAGAGCAGAAUGGCGGUGUGGAGGGUGAGAGGGACGACGACACCAAAAAGCUGAAGCGCCGGCCCAGGCCCGAGCCCCUCUUCAUCCCGCCGCCCAAGCCGACCGUGUUCAUCGCCCCGCCCGUCUACUCCAGCAUCACCCCCUACCAGAGCCACCUGCGCUCACCCGUCCGCCUGGCCGACAACCCGCUCUCCAUGCCGCCGUACACGCCUCCGCCCAUCCUCAGCCCUGUGCGCGAGGGCUCGGGCCUCUACUUCUCCACGUUCCUCUCCUCCUCCUCCGCCGCAGGGGGCCUGCCGCCGCCCGCUACUCCCAAGUCGGCCACACGCAGCCUGCUGUGCUCGAGUAGCUGCGACAUGACGCCUCCAGUUCUCUCCGCGAUGAGCGAGGCCACUCCAGUCAGCAUUGAGCCACGGAUAAAUAUUGGGUCGCAGUACCAGGCGGAGGUGCCAGAAUUGAGGCAGCGGUCUUUGGUGGAGCUGGAUCCCCAUCAAGCAGAGCUGGUCUGGGCGCCGCUGACUGAGCUGGAGGAGAAACCAGACUACCACAAAAGGGUGAAAGACCUCAUGCACCUGGCGUGUUCCAGCGCUUUGCGCGGAGGAGGCUCCAACCAGGAGUUGGCACACCAUUGUCUCUACGAGUGCAACGGCGACAUAAUGGCUGCUUUGUCUCUGCUCAUGCUGAGGAAUCCCGUUUUGGCCAAGUCUCAUUUUUUGUCCAACUACCACUACUCAGGAUCAGACAGCUGGUCAGCAGCUGAGAGACGUCAGUUCAACAAAGGCAUCGGCAUCUACAAGAAAGACUUCUUCAUGGUGCAGAAACAGGUGAGCACCAAGACGGUGGCGCAGUGUGUGGAGUUCUACUACUCCUACAAGAAACACGUCAAGAUCGGACGCAACGGGACGUUGCUCUACGGCGAGGCGGAGCCGUCGGAGAGCCGCGCGGCCGACGAGGACACGAUGGACCACAAGGGCUUUCACAGACCGGAGCAGCAGCAGCAGCGGGAGGAGGACAGCAGGAAGUGGGAAGGGUCAGCUGACAGGAAACAGGAUGUCUGCCCCACCAGAGGGGCACACACGCUGCCGCCUGCCGAGAAUCCUGCAACCGUCCUGAUCAUGAGGACCCAGGAGGACGUCAUCGAGAGGGAUAAGCCGCCGCCGCCGACGACUCACGUCAGUGCCGCCCCUCGUCCACCCCCUCCCAGCUCCAAACCGCGGUACGACGGCGCCGCUGGUAGGACCGUCCCGCCGACGGGCGUUAAAGGUGUGGGCUGCCCCGAGGGAGAGUUCCCGUGCAAGAAAUGUGGCAGGAUCUUCUACAAGGUGAAGAGCCGCAGUGCCCACAUGAAGAGCCACGCCGAGCAGGAAAAGAAGGCCGCGGCCCUGCGCCAAAAGGAAGCGGAGGACCGCGCGGCCGCCGCUGCGCAGGCCGCCGCUGCGCAGGCCGCCACUGCCGCCGUCAUGGCCGCCCGGCAACACAAUGGAACGCGGCAGACGGGUGGAGACAGCGAGGACGACGACUCGACGGACAGUGACGAGGACGAGGACGACUGGCAGUGACGGAGAAGACCAUGGAACGCGAAGACUCAACAUUGCACCUUCAGGGACACAUGGGCGCCCCGCGUGUGUGUGUGUGUGUGUGUGAGAGAGAGAGAGACAGAGAGAGACUAUACAGUGCCAAUCAAAAGUUUGCAGACAUUUCCUCAUUGAAUAGCAUGAGAAAGUGUCUCCAAACUUUUGACUAGUACUGUACAUGAGUGGUAGUCCAGAGUGUGAUAAUGCCUCUUUUUCACUGCAUGCUACACUACCUUUUUACGCUUUUCCAUUGGCAAAUGGAAUUGGUCGUACCUGGUCCACACGUGAUGAUGCCAUACAUACGUGAGCUACCAGCUGAUUGGUGAAACAAAUGCUAACAUUAGCAUGUUGCCGCGCCUUCAGCGUUGGACGCUGCCAUGUUACGCGUGCUCCUCUUGGAUGCAGAGCAGCUGACCAACACCUUCUUGUUGUUGUUUUGUUAGCAUGUCCAGUUCAGUGUGGCUUUUUUCUCAGUUUCUGCCAAUGAUAUGUGGGAGGGGGACUGCCUCAACAGCAGGAAAGCUAGUAGAGCCGUGGCAAGCCGGUACUGUGCAGUGGAAAAGUGGAUGCCAGGGUGUGUGUGUGUGUGUGUGUGUUUUCUUAAGCAACACAAAGGCCAUUUUCCAAGAGUUACCUCGCAUGCUUGGCGGUUCUGCUCCGAUCAAGGAGGUUUUUUUGGGACAGUGCUUUUUUUUUUUUUCUUUUGAGCCACGCCCAGCCUCAGCACUUUUGCUUUUGCAUUGGAACACUUCUUAGGACCGCCUCCUUCCCUUUGAACCCACCCUCCCGUCCAGCAUUAGAAGAGUCACGGAACACUGAAGGUGGUGCUCUUGUUGCACGAACGAGUGUCGUUUAUUUGAGCUUCACUUGCCUUUUCAUGCUUUUUUUAUAGCCAGGAAUGACAAUCGUGACUUUAUAAGUAAAGAAAAAAAUCUAGAAUGUGUACAUAUACAAGGAAAUGUUACUCCUACGAGUUAUAUAUGUUUGUGAAUAUUCUUGUUUAUUAUUAUUAUUAUUAUUAUUAUUCUUAAUAUCAUAUACAUGUUUUGUGCUUUCCUGUUUUUUUUUCCUGCUCCCCCCCACCCCCCUUUCCACAUUUAUUUCAACAACUGUGACGAGACAAAUGAAAGUGCAAUGGAUGGCUUCUCCUGUGAUUUCUCUUAAGCCCCGACACCCUCCGGCCCAGAGUCUGCCUCUGUUACCAUGGCAACAUGUCCAGGUAGAGGUUAUUUUCCCUGGGGGGGGGAUUAAGUCACCACUGCGGGGAGACAACUGGCGUCUAUGCACGGACUGUGUGUGUGUGCGUGCGUGCGUGCAAGGAAGGUUUUUGAUGAAGUUCUGCCGACUGUUUAAUUUAUACUUUUCACCGAUGAGGUCAAGAACGUUAUUUAAAAAAAAAAAAAACACGAGAGACAAAUGUUGGAAACCCCCCACACCAGGACAAAAAGGUUUAUUUAGGUAAAAAUUAAAUGUAUUUAUAUCUCUAUACAAAUUUAUGAAUUCAAGUCUAUGUUUGCAUAUUUUCUAUGCUAUUUUUGUAAGGGGGUUCACACUAGCAAUUGGAAAACGGAACCUCGAGUACUUUUUAAAAUCUGUGGUGGCUGUAACUUAUUUCUUUUUAUUUGGAAUUCAUUUCUUACCACGUUUGUUUUUUUAGCAAAGAUUUACAAAGCACUGUUUAAAUAUUAAAGUUUUAAAAGAA